AUGGCCACCAAACUCUACAUUGUUUACUACAGCACCUACGGACAUGUUGAAAAGCUUGCCAAGGAGAUCAAGAAAGGAGCCGACACUGUUGAAGGUGUCGAAGCAACUCUGUGGCAGGUGCCAGAGACACUUUCAGAAGAAAUUCUGGGAAAAAUGAACGCCCCACCAAAGAGUGAUGUCCCUGUAAUCACUCCCAAUGACCUUCCUGAAGCGGAUGGAUUCAUUUUCGGGUUCCCGACUAGAUUCGGGAUGAUGGCUGCUCAAUUCAAAGCCUUCCUGGAUGCAACCGGUGGGCUGUGGGGUACCCAGAAGCUCGCCGGAAAGCCUGCCGGCCUCUUCUACUCUACUGGAUCUCAAGGAGGUGGUCAGGAGACUACCCCAUUGACCGCAAUCACUCAGCUCACUCACCAUGGAAUUAUGUUCGUGCCAAUUGGGUACACCGCCGGAGCGGGCAUGUUUGAGAUGAGCCAGGUGAAGGGUGGAAGCCCAUAUGGUGCCGGAACUUUUGCCGGAAAUGGAUCCAGGCAGCCAACUGAGCUUGAGCUUGCCAUUGCCCACCACCAGGGAAAGUACAUUGCUGGCAUUACCAAGAAGCUCAAAGGAUCCGCUUGA